CAAUUUGCCUAAUCCGGUUAGCGUUCACGCAGCGUCUGUUUUGAGGGGACGGCACCUGCAAGCCAGGUCACUCGAGGCAUCUGAUAGGCCUGAGCCAUGGACGCACUGCAGCAAAACCAAAGCUCAAAGCCUGGCCAUCACUCGUCCUAACCUGAUAGGCUGGGGGGAACGGCCCAUUUCCCAAGCGGGCAGGUUGGUCACUCUACUCCUGUGAUAGGCUGGGGAGGGCCGACACAAAAAAACAGGCGACGGGAUUCUGUCCCCCGAGCGAACCGUCCAUGCACUUCUUCAACCGAUUUCGCCAAGGAAAAAAAAAACCCCCCCAAGAAAAGACCAAGACAAGUCAUGGAUACGGAGCUCUCGCAGAUGACGCAGAAAUGGUCGUCGCGGCCAAAGGAGCAGGACGCCGCUCGCGUGCGCGAGAACCAGCGCCGCCACCGCGCCAGGACAAAAGCACACGUCGCGGACCUGGAGAGGCGGCUUGCCGAGGCCACGGCGCAGCUCGACGAGGCCCUGGCGCGCAACGCCGCGCUGGCGAUGGAGAUACAGCGCCUACAGCACAAUAAGCCGGCCGUCGCGGCCGACGAGGGAGACGGCCGGGGGGACGGUGACAGGCCCGUCCGCGGAGAUGCGGGCGUGGGCGUGGACGAGGUCGCGGACGCCAAGCCUGCGAGGCGGCGUGCGGCGCAAGGGUCCCUCGCGGUAGCUGCCGCCCCCAGCCGCCCUCCCACGGGGUCACCCCCUGGAGGGACGGGCGCCGACAGCUGCCCAGGCCUGCUGGAGCAGCCCGACGACGACUCCCUGGCGUUCCCGCCCGCGGGGCCCGGGGAGUCAACCAUCCCCUGCGCGCGGGCCCUCGAGAUCCUGGCGGGGCAGAACUAUGACAGGCACGACCUGGAAGCUUUCGGCGGCUUCCUGCGGCCUGGAUACAGGCGCGCCGCCGCUGAGGGUGGCGGGUGUCGAGUCGAGAGCAGCCGUGUUUUUGCUGUCAUGGACGCCAUCCAACCUUAUCCAUGACGGGACAUGUAGGCGGUAGGGCUGGCUCGAUUAUCAAGAGAUCGAGUAAGCGAUUAUAAUUGACUAUUCGAGAAACCCUUUCCUCUGUGCUUGCGUUUAUCUUGCCCGUCCCUGGAAGUACCUAGUAGCGCCCCG